AUGAUAUUCAAGGGUAAGGUGUUCUGUUGUACGGCUAUACCGACAUCUUAUAGACUGGAAAUUGAUAAGUAUGUCAAAGAAUUGGGUGGACAUCAUUUCUCGAAUUUGACUUCCGAUGUUCAAUACUUAAUUGUAGGUAAUAGGAAUACUGAUAAGUUUAACUUCUGUUUGAAUAAGCGUGAUGACAUUACUUAUCUUAAAUUCAAUGCCAUUCAUGAAUUUUAUGAGGGUUAUAAAGCUGGGAAGUCUGUUGACUUGAAUGAAUAUGUUUUAGGGGUAUUUGAUCUCCUAACUAUUGCAAUUUCACAUAUAAAGAGUGAUGAUUUAUUUAUUGAUAAUUUGGAUUUACAGAAAGUUAUUACCUCCAAUGGAGGACAGUUAUCCAAGACAUUAACUACCAAUUCGGCAUGUUUGAUCACCAACAUAAAAACAGGGAAAAGAUAUGCUAAAGCAUUAGAAUGGGAAAUUCCCGUAGUUCAUCCUAUUUACAUAUCUCAUUCGUUGACUAGAGGGUUAGCUUUACCAUUUGAAGAUUACUUACUUGACAAAUAUCCUGAUUAUGCAGCUCCUAUUGAAGCCCCCAUAACAACGAAGACUGUUUCUACCGCCAAGUCAGCUCCGACGAUACAUAAUCCAACAAAUAAGAUCAAAAAGACAAAGAUAGAUGUAUGGAAUUCAAUUAUGAAUACUAAAAGUCAUGAAAUCAAAUUACCCAACUCUGUACCAAAACCCACAUCCAAUGGGAUAUUUAAAGGUUUAAAGUUCAAGUUAUUAUUCUUCAAUGCUGAUCAGAAAUCUAUUUUGAAUGAAAUCAUCACCAAAAAUGAAGGAACCAUCACUGAGAAUGAAUCAGAAAGUGAUUUCAAACUCAUACCGUUUGGAAAUGAAGGCAUAUCGGGUGCAAGAACUGAAUGGUUAAUAGAAAGAUCAAUAUUCUAUGGGAGAUUGACAGUAGACAUUUGGUCAGAACCAACACCUCCUAUCAACUUACCAAAGAAUAAAACUAUAACAUUAAGUGGGUUUACAGGAGUUGAAGAUUUGCAUAUAAAAAAAUUACUAGCACAUAAAGGUUUUGAGAUUGUUCCUAAAUUCAAUGCCAAAACUAGCAUUUUACUCAUUAAUAUUAAUAUUUUCCAAGAUCAAUUACCUAAAUCAUUAUUUGAAUUUGACGAACCAAUUGUCAAAUGCCCUUUUAAUUCAAUCAAUAUUGUAUCAACCAAAAAUAAAAUUCAAGCUGCAAAAAAAUGGGGUAUUCCAAUAGUUCUGGCAAGGUACGCAUUCGAAGUCAAAUAUGAUGAUGCUGACAAUAUCGAUGAUACCAAAUGGUGUUUGUAUUAUAAACCUUCAGACAAAAUUCCAAGUGAUUCCCCUGAUAGUGGAAGCUUGAAACUUCCUUCUCCCAAAAAGAUUAAAAGGAAAUUUGGUAAACUAGUAACAAAUAAUGAAAAAGUCAAAGGUAUCGAGAGUGAAGGAACAAUUGAUGAUUUGGACUUCGAUUUAGGAAUUGGUUAUGGCAAAAAGCAAAAAAGGGGUUAG